UCAAGAAAUGCAUCUUAUUGGUUGAUAUUAACUAACCGCCAAAAUUAUACCACAAGAACCAAUGAAAAUCCUCCAUCCAAGUUUUAAAGCACUAUUUCCGUUCAAGAUGGCCGAAAAAACUAUGCCUAUUUUUGUUCCAUCAGAAAAGCCUCUGAAAGUGAUAAAGUGGAAAGUUAAACAAGGUGCUGUUGUAUCGCACGGCCAAAUACUCUUUUUAUACAGCGACUCUUCGGGCAAAAGUAAUGUACCGCAGAAAUUUAAAGCUGCCUGCGGUGGUACCAUCUUGUCAAUCAAGGUGAAAGAAGGAGACAUCACCGAACCUGGAGUAUGUGUGGCAGAGUUGAAAGAAUGCAAACAUUCAACUGUGAUGAAAGAAAUGUGCGCGGAAUGCGGCUCCGACCUCCGUAAAGAUGAACGCGUGAAGGGCGAAGUUGCUAGUGUCCCCAUGGUGCAUUCAGUACCUGAAUUAAAGGUUUCAGAGGAGUUGGCUCUGAAGUUAGGCCGUGAAGAUGCUGAGCGUCAUUUGAAAAAUAAGAAGCUAGUUCUACUUGUUGAUUUAGAUCAAACAUUAGUGCAUACAACAAAUGAUAAUAUACCACCAAAUUUAAAGGAUGUACUUCACUUUUAUCUCCGAGGGCCUGGAAAUACUGGAAGAUGGUGUCACACAAGGUUAAGGCCGAGAACUAAAACUUUCCUUGAAUCUGCUUCCAAAAAAUAUGAACUGCAUGUAUGUACAUUUGGUGCGAGACAGUAUGCACACGCUGUUACUGAAUUACUAGAUCCAGAGAAGAAAAUCUUUUCACACAGGAUACUAUCAAGGGAUGAAUUUUUCGAUGCCAGAACGAAAUCUGCUAAUUUAAAGGCAUUAUUUCCAUGUGGGGAUAAUAUGGUGUGCAUCAUAGAUGAUCGGGAAGAUGUAUGGAGACAUGCAACUAACCUGAUACAAGUCAGACCGUAUUCAUUCUUUCAAUCAACAGGAGAUAUAAAUGCACCUCCCCCAUUGGAUAAUGAAAAAUCAAAACAAGAAACAAAUAAUGUGAAAAAUGGUAAUCAAAAAUCUAAUCAGGAAAUGCCAACGUUAGACGAUGAACCGGAGAAGAAAGAAGAAAUAAAAGACAUCAAUGAUAGUGACAAAAAGGGUGACAAACAGAAUGGUAAAAUAUCAAAUGAAGUGACAGAAAAUGGAGAAGUUAAUCCAAAAGUAAAUGAGAAUGAUGUAAAUAAAGUAAAUACAGAGAGUGAGCCGCAGUGGCCGGAGCCCAAAGGUGGAGAAAUUGAAAUAGAAGAUCCCGAUGAUUAUCUUAUAUACUUAGAAGAUAUACUUAACAGGAUACAUCAGCAUUUCUACGAGCUAUAUGAGACGAUGGGACGCAAGCAGAUACCGGACUUGAAGAGUAUAAUCCCGGAGGUGAAGAGUCGGGUGCUGUCGGGGGUGAGGCUGGUGUUCAGCGGGCUGGUGCCCACUCACCAGCGGCUGGAGACGUCGCGGGCGUACCUGGUGGCCAGGAGCCUGGGCGCGGAGGUCACACAGGAUCUCACAGAUAAAUCAACACAUUUAGUAGCUGUGCGCUCAGGUACCGCGAAAGUGAACAUAGGUCGGCGUAUGGCUGAGGACAAAAGUAGAAAGUUCUAUGUAGUGACACCGGAGUGGCUGUGGACGUGUGCUGAGCGCUGGGAGAGAGUAGAUGAAAGAUUAUUCUCAUUGCAACGAGGUGGACAGCGCACGCCCUCGGGCCGCUUCAUGGACACCAUCAAUCCUCUGCUCUCCUUCUCCAGCGAUGACAUCGCUGACAUGGAUAGAGAGGUGGAGGAUAUUUUCAAUGAAUCAGAUGAGAGCGCAUCUUCGGAGGACGAAGAGAAAACUAAUAAAAUGCAAGAUGACCUUGAUGAUGAAGAAAAUCCACCCGAGGACAAACUACUGUCGCUAGAGUCGGAUAGCUCACAAGGGAAAUCACAAGAUCCUAAUGCAUCAAGUGACUCAGAUGAAGAGAACCCACGGCCACGUAAGCGACGGCGAAGGUCAUCGGAUGAUGUACCUCCAGACGACGAUGACAGUUCUUGGAACCUCAUGGGUGCAGCACUGGAGCGGGAGUUUUUGGCAGAAUGAUGCCAGUCUUAAUUAAUAAGUUAUAUAGCAAUAUUUCGCAAUACAUUUCUCUUUGUUUUAUA